AUGGUGUUGCUCAAGGUUUUGAGGAAGACGAAGCAGAAGGAGAAGGAACUUCGUCUCCUGAUGUUGUACAAGUUGAAUAUUUGGGACGUUGGCGGGCAGAGGACGAUUCGUUCGUUUUGGCGAAACUACUUUGAGGAGACAGACGGCGUCAUCUGGGUAGUGGAUUCGGCCGACCGGCCUCGGAUGGACGUCUGCCGCGAGGAGCUCCACAAGCUGAUGAAGGAGGAGCGUUUGGCGGGUGCAACGCUUCUCGUGUUCGCAAACAAGCAGGAUGUCCCCUCUGCAAUGACAGCAGCCGAAAUCUCUCAGGCACUGGAGUUGGAUGCAAUGAAAGAGAGUCGUCACUGGAGCAUCGCAGCUUGCAGCGCGUGGGAAGGCGCUGGCCUCCUCGAGGGUUUUUCCUGGCUUGUCGAAGACAUUUCUUCUCGGAUGUUCGUCCGGAGUUAG